AGGCUGGGUUUCCGAACGGUGAAUCAAAUGAAUGAAAACUCCCAACGGUUCGAUUCGCUCGAAGGAAUCGACUCACUGAACGGCAGGCGUUGAGGAAGUACAACAACUCCCAUGAUGCAACAGCAAGGCAUCGUCACGAUUCCACUCCAGCCUCAAAGCCCCAGCGGGUCCGUCUGAUACAACAUUCUUCACUUUCACUCCGUUUACAUGUUUACUAACCCCGGGUUCACAGGGGUAAUGUUUCCAUUCGGAACACUGAAUCAACGAUGAUUAUUUAGCAGAGCAUUUUACAGGUUCAGGAGUGGUCUGUUGCUCCAAAGAUGCGGAGACUGUCUCGAAAGAAAGCUCUAAAUAUAGUAAAGGAGUUGGAUGCUUUCCCCAAGGUUCCUGAGAGUUAUGUGGAAACAACAGCUAGUGGUGGAACCGUGUCUCUGAUCGCCUUCACUGCCAUGGCACUGCUAGGCUUCUUUGAGUUUUUUGUCUAUCGGGACACGUGGAUGAAGUACGAAUAUGAAGUGGAUACGGAUUUUUCUAGUAAACUAAGAAUAAAUAUAGAUAUUACAGUCGCCAUGAGGUGUCAGUUUGUGGGCGCAGAUGUGUUGGACCUGGCCGAAACUAUGGUAGCAUCCGAUGGCUUGAAGUAUGAACCGGUUUUGUUUGAGCUGUCUCCUCAACAGAGACUAUGGCAUAGGACACUCCUGCUGAUUCAGAACAGGCUGCGAGAGGAGCACUCCCUCCAGGACGUCCUCUUUAAAAACGUGAUGAGAGGAGCCCCCACUGCAUUACCCCCAAGGGAGGACAGCCCCACACAGCCACUCAACGCGUGCAGAAUACAUGGACACCUCUAUGUUAAUAAAGUGGCUGGAAACUUCCACAUCACGGUCGGCAAGGCCAUUCCACAUCCAAGAGGCCAUGCUCACUUAGCUGCACUCGUCAGCCAUGACACUUACAACUUCUCGCAUCGAAUAGACCACUUGUCGUUCGGCGAGGAAAUCCCAGGCAUUCUGAACCCGCUGGACGGCACAGAGAAAGUGUGCACAGAUCAUAAUCAGAUGUUUCAGUACUUCAUCACCAUAGUACCGACUAAACUGAAGACCUACAAAGUGACCACUGAUACGCAUCAGUACUCCGUUACAGAACGGGAGCGGGUAAUUAACCAUGCAGCAGGAAGUCAUGGUGUCUCGGGAAUCUUUAUGAAGUAUGAUCUCAGCUCGCUCAUGGUCCGAGUAACAGAACAGCACAUGCCGCUGUGGCAGUUCCUCGUGCGUUUAUGCGGCAUCAUCGGCGGCAUCUUCUCUACAACAGGCAUGCUGCACAGACUGGUUGGCUUCUUUGUAGAUACUAUCUGCUGUCGCUUUAAACUUGGAGUCUAUAAACCCAAACAGGUCAGUGUUGUGGAUGGCCACGCAAACAGCCGAACGCCUCUACUAUCAGAGAACGGUGGGCUCUAGCAGCUCCGUGUUGGUUCCCCUGUACCCGAGGAUCUUCUCCAUCUGAGACACAAGCACACCAUGGGACUAAACUACCAAUCAGCUCGCCAAAGCUGUUAUUAUUGACUUCUCUGGCAAUGUGGUAUUUUGAAGGGCCGCCUGCUCCAAGCACAUAACUGUAACUCAGGCUGUAAACAAAAGCAUUGAUUGUUUGAUUGCAUUCAUUACCAGCAGGACACUUCACCAUUUCUUUCAUUAUGAUAACAGUGUCGAUCAUCUAUACUCCAUUUCUCCACUCAGCAUCUUAGGGAGACGUUACCUUCGGGGAACCUGUUUUUUUGGGGUUUUUUUAUUUUUAUUUGAUAAGUAGUUAUUGUGCUUGUGAGGGGCAGCGCUUUCAUUUUGAAACCAGCCCGAGACUUUAAACGUCAUGUUUUAGACUGAUUUAUCUUUUGUCCAGCCGUCACUGCAGUAUCCUCCACUUUUUACCCAGAUAUACAUUUUUUUAAAACAUUGUUGUUGUUGUUUUUUGUAUAAUAGCAAUGCCACUCGAGAUGUGACUCUUGUAUUAUUAGCCAUAAAUGAUAAAUUAUGACUUGGAAAAUAAGAGAGGUAAUUUAAAAAUAAAUUCAGUGAAUCAGGAAAACCUGGAAGAUGCAAUGAAUCAUAGCAGUAUUAUGAAUUAUGUGGAAGUCACAUCAUGUUCAGCCUCUGAUUAGAUGCGUGUGUAUGUGUGUGUGGAUACAGUCGUGUAGUUUGUUUUUAGGAAUUGGGCACUUUCCUGAGGAGGAAGCAACUGAAUCAAUUUUCUGACAGUUAAUUUGUGAGUGCAGUCCAAAGUAAAUGAUCUGGAGUGAUUGUGGGACUGUAAAAGGGGGGGGGGGACUCUGAGAACUUGAAUUCUUGUCUGCUUUGCCGGCUUAUGGUUUGUGUACGACAGGCGAAGAGUAUAUGGGUAGCACUAGAAGUUGUUGAAUAGUGUGUAGGAGGCUGGUGAGAAUUCUCACGAGUAGAGAAUGAGCUGGGAAUGUAUAGGAAGUUAACUUCAUAACUGUUUUGUGGGCUGGAGAUUAGCUGUAGCAGGGGAACCCAUGUCGAAGGAAUUUGUUUUUAUCAGCAGUUAGCUGAAUGACGGGUUUUAGACGGAUAAACAUCACAGAAGUGAGAUGCUAAUAAAUAUUCCUUUGAAGCAUAUUUUAAACAAUGGUUAUAAAACUUUUUCACUACUAUCUCACCCUCUUAUGCAUAUUCCUCACCCAUUCUUUUUGUCCUAAACCAGAAGGGUUUGAUUAAGAAUGAAAUUUGUAUACACAUAUGAUGGACUGUCUGUGCUUGUGUUGGUUUGAGUCCUUUGCCCUGAUGCAAGUCUUGAUAAAAAAUCUUGCUUUCUUGUU